AUGGAUAAAAUUCGUGAGAAAAUUGCUGCUGUUCGUGCCGAAGCCGAAGCUGCUAAUGCCAGAGCUGAUGAUUUAGAAGCCAAGCUCAAGGAAAUUACCCAGGAACAUACUCAACAAGAACGUGAAAUUGUUUCCUUAAAUACUAGAAACCAACAACUUGAAAGUGAGUUAGAAGCCGCCCAAGAUACCAUUAAAGAGUUAAAGGGUAAUGAGGCCGAAGAUAACGAUUAUAAGAAGGAAUACGAAAACGCCAUGCGUAAGAUUGCCAUGCUCGAAGAGGAGUUGGAAGAAUCCGACAAGGCUUUGAAGGAAACUACGUCCAACUUCCGUGAAGCUGAUGUCAAGGCUGAACAACUUGAAAAGAAGGUCGAACAGUUAACAACUCAACUCGCCGAAGAGGAAAAGAAGAAUGAAGAGCUUGUACAGAAGAAUAAAGAAUUAAGCGAGCAAUUAGAGGAAAUUAACAAACAAUUAGAUGACAUGUAA